GAGCGCGGGCAGAGCGGAGGCCGCAGCGAGGGGCGGCGGGAGCGGGCCGGGCCGGGCUGCAUGGCGCCAGCCGUGUCCUCCUGAGCAGCGCGGGCAGCGACGGGCGGAUCCGGGCCGCGGCUCUUCCUCGCCAUGGGGGACGUGCUGUCCACGCACCUGGACGACGCCCGGCGCCAGCACAUCGCAGAGAAGACCGGGAAGAUCCUGACGGAGUUCCUCCGGUUUUAUGAGGACCAGUACGGCGUGGCCCUCUUCCACAGCAUGCGCCACGAGAUCGAGGCCACGGGGGCGCCGCAGUCGCAGCUGCUCUGGCGCAAGGUGCCGCUGGAUGAGCGCAUCAUCUUCUCCGGGAACCUCUUCCAGUACCAGGAGGACAACAAGAAGUGGCGGAACCGCUUCAGUCUCGUGCCUCACAACUACGGGCUGGUGCUGUAUGAGAACAAAGUGGCCUACGAGCGGCAGGUCCCACCCCGGGCUGUCAUCAACAGUGCAGGCUACAAGAUCCUCACCUCCGUGGAUCAGUACCUGGAGCUUGUUAGCAACUCCUUACCAGGGAUCACCUCCAAGUCGGGCAGCACCCCCAUCCUCAAGUGCCCGACGCAGUUCCCGCUCAUCCUCUGGCACCCUUCUGCACGGCACUACUACUUCUGCAUGAUGACAGAAGCCGAGCAGGACAAGUGGCAGGCAGUCCUGCAGGACUGCAUCCGGCACUGCAACAAUGGCAUCCCUGAGGCCUCCAAGGUAGAGGGCCCUGCAUUCACGGAUGCCAUUCGCAUGUACCGCCAGUCGAAGGAGCUGUAUGGCACCUGGGAGAUGCUGUGUGGGAACGAGGUGCAGAUCCUGAGCAACCUGGUGAUGGAGGAGCUGGGUCCUGAGCUGAAGGCAGAGCUCGCCCCACGGCUGAAGGGCAAGCCACAGGAGCGACAGAGGCAGUGGAUCCAGAUCUCGGACGCCGUGUACCGCAUGGUGUACGAGCAGGCCAAGGCACGCUUUGAGGCCGUGCUGGCCAAGCUGCAGCUGGCCCGGCCAGCCAUGGAGGCGACCAUCCGCACAGACAUGGACCAGAUCAUCACCUCCAAGGAGCACCUGGCCAGCAAGAUCCGAGCCUUCAUCCUCCCCAAGGCAGAGGUGUGCGUCCGGAACCACGUCCAGCCCUACAUCCCGUCCAUCCUGGAGGCUCUGAUGGUGCCCACCAGCCAGGGCUUCACCGAGGUGCGGGACGUCUUCUUCAAAGAGGUGACCGACAUGAACCUGAACAUCAUCAACGAGGGCGGUGCCGACAAGCUGGGUGAGUACAUGGAGAAGCUGUCCCAGCUGGCGUACCACCCCCUCAAGAUGCAGAGCUGCUAUGAGAAGAUGGAGCCACUGCGGCUCGAUGGGCUGCAGCAGCGUUUCGACGUGUCCAGCACAUCCGUGUUCAAGCAGCGAGCCCAGAUCCACAUGCGAGAGCAAAUGGACAACGCCGUGUACACCUUUGAGAGCCUUCUAUACCAGGAGCUGGGGAAGGGGCCCAGCAGGGAGGAGCUGUGCAAGGCCACCCAGCGGAUCCUGGAGCGGGUGCUGAAGAAGUACGACUACGACAGCAGCUCGGUGCGGAAGCGAUUCUUCCGGGAGGCGCUGCUGCAGAUCACCAUCCCGUUCCUGCUCAAGAAGCUGGCCCCCACGUGCAAGUCGGAGCUGCCCCGGUUCCAAGAGCUGAUCUUUGAGGACUUCGCCAGGUUCAUCCUGGUGGAGAACACAUAUGAGGAGGUGGUGCUGCAGACGGUCAUGAAGGACAUCCUGCAGGCUGUGAAGGAGGCCGCGGUGCAGAGGAAGCACAACUUAUACCGGGACAGCAUGGUCAUGCACAAUAGCGACCCCAACUUGCACUUGCUGGCUGAGGGUGCCCCCAUCGACUGGAGCGAGGAAUACAGCGGCAGCGGUGGAGACGGUGGCAGCCCUGGUGCCCCAGAAGCAGCCACUUUCUCAGAAAAGCGACGGCGUGCCAAGCAGGUGGUGUCCGUAGUGCAGGAUGAGGAGGCAGGGCUGCCGUUCGAGGCUGGCUCAGAGCUGCUGUCACCUGCAUCCCCGGACAGUGUCACUGAGCUCCGUGGUCUGCUGGCCAGGGAGCUGCGGGAGGAGAACCCCCUGCCGGCUGGCCCUCUGCUCAAUGGGGCCCCCUCCUCGGAGAGCCCCCAGCCUGUGGCAGCCUCAGAGGCCUCCUCACCACCUGCCUCACCCCUGUGGCAACUCCCUCCUGGAAAGGCUGCGGACCUUGAGCCUCCCAAACCGAGUGACCAGGAGACCGGGGAGCAGGUGUCCAGCCCCGGUGACCGCCCUCCCAUCCAUACCACCACCGAGGACAGCGCCGGGGUGCAGACAGAGUUCUAGGCCAGUCACCCCUGAGCUUCUGCUGGUCAUGGCACAUGGGUCACCCCCUCCGAGACCCUGGCAGGCCAGGCCCCAGGCGGGGAGCCCCGGAUCUAGGCCUCAGGGUGGAGGUGGGGCAGGCCUGUUGUGGUACCUCUGGGGCUGGGCAGGGGUGGCCCACCUGAGUCACUUUAUUGGAUUUGGUCACACUUUGCUCCCUGUUUUCUCUUCUGUGGGAUGAUCUUGGGCUUCCUGCUUGUGCUGGGGGCUGGGCACAGCCAAGGGGGCUGAGGAGUACCCAGUGGCCUGGUCCUCCCUCCUCCUCAGAUGGGCGUAGUCUUUGUCAUGUGUCACUCGGCCAUUUAAUUCUCUCCUCACCAGGGCACUUGCUGGAACCAGGAAUAUGGAGCCUUGAGGUCCAGCUCUGGGUCCCGACCACUGUCCUCCUCAAUCCUGGCUGGGCCUCUGGAAGCCAGUUUUGGAGUGGACACUGGCCUUGCUUGCCCUGCUCUGGGUGAGGGAAGUGCACCGGGGGUGGGGGUGGGGUGGGGGUGGGUUCUUGCAGGCUGCAGCCAGGCUGGGUGUGCUGGUUUGGGGGAAUGCCUCACGGAGGAGCGGGGCUGAGGGGUCUGGCUUGGAGCAAGAAAGGCCCAGAAUGUGCUGGUCGGUGUAGAGGAAGUGUUUCAAGGGAGGGAAGAGGUGACCUGCAGGGAAGUAUGGCUGGAGUGUCUUCAGAGCAGGCUGAGGUGGCAGAGGGAAGGCUGCCGGAACAGGCUUUUGCAUCUCCACCCCCCCACCCCCCCUACCCCCCACCUGGCUCCUGCCUGUUCCCCUGCCCCACUUGUGGCCACACACCCCGGGCUGGGACAGAGGGGUGGCAGGCUGCUCAGAAGUGGGGUUUGCAGGGUGGAGAUUCCUGUCUCCUGAGGGCCACCCCCCAGGUACGCACUGUCCACCAGGGGAGCUGCAUGUGGCUCCCCAAGGCAUCAUGGGUGGCCCCUCUGAUGAUCUGGGGUCAGGCCAUGGCUUGGCCCCCACUCCACUGCCUCUGCAUCACCAAGUCACCUCACCCUGAAGAUUUUCUCAGAUGUCCUUGCACAGCUGCUUGUUCCUGGGGGUGAAGGUCAAGUGAGGCAGCUCCAGCCUGGCGGCCCCUUCCCCAGCCUCCUCUGUGGCCCUGCAUCCUCUGUCCCCAUGAUCUGCUUCCUGGGGCAGGGGCUGCAGACCCACAGGCUGCAUGGCAGUGGCUGGUGCUCAGGGACCCCUGGUCCCCCAGCCCUAAUCUCCAGUGCCUCACUAACCUUCUAGCACCAUGGUCCGUGCUCAGAUGUGCACCUCUAGUGCCUUCUCUUGGGGUUUUCUCAGUCAUCCUGACCAGAUAUCGUACUGAAAAUAUUAUGCAAACCGUUUAAGCUUUACUAAUCAAUAAAUGAUUUAAAGCCA